AUGACACAAAAGCGAAAAAAUGCUCUCUUUUUCUGCAAAGUCAUUCGGUUCUCGCGUUUGGAAAUUCUUCUUCACAUGAUCUUUGUGAUGGAAUCAAACGGAUGGCAGGUCAAAACAAAAUGUUGUGACCUGGUUUACUAUACAGAAUGCUUAGAACCGCUGGCAUCGUUGAAUAUAAACAUAACGAAGCAAGUUCGGGUCCGUUCAAUCAUCGAGUGCGGACAACUUUGUGCAUCCCAUGACUUUUGCGAGGCUUUCCUACAUAGCAUUAACAAAGAAGACGGAAACUGUCGACUGCUGAAUGGAAUACCCGAGAGAGAAAUAGGAUUGAUUGAAAAUGUGGUCGAAGGGAAGUGGAGACUGUUUAUUUCCAUGAAGGCAAAAUGUGAAAUGGAUAAAACGUGUCAAGGUCAAGGUCAAUGCAUGACGGAUUGCAAUCAGCCAGAUGUUGUCAAAUGUGAUUGCUAUGAAAACUAUUACGGCAAAAAUUGUGAGAAAUUUUACGACUACGAUCUGAACUUUCCCAACACCUCUGCAUACACACCGAUCGAUGUGGGACACAUAGACAAAAGCCUAAAUGAGUUUACCAUAACAGUCUGGGUGCAAUUUAUCGUUGGCUAUGAAAGUUAUCCACUGAUCUCGUACAAGACAAAAAAUUCGUCACAAAACAUCGCGAUGCAUUUCGACCUAGAUGGAAAUGGCGCAUCAACAAUAGCAAGCUUAACUGCUAAGGCAUUUAACAAAUCUGUGAGCAUGGUGACCAUACCCAUAAAUGACGACCAUUGGCAUUACGUUGGCUUUACAUGGUCAGGUGUAUCCGGAAGUAUAAUGCUGCUUAUCGAUGGUGUGUUGUGGGCAAAUCGAAAUGUCUCUAUGAGCAAUGAGAUACCAUCCGGGGGGAAGUUAACAAUAGGAGAAAGAAAAGAUGAAGGUGGAAUACAAUAUCUUGUCGGUAAGAUCAGUCGUAUGAACAUGUGGAGUAGAGCAUUAGAUGGAAAGGAGAUUGAAAUGAUGGCAAAAAGUCCUGGGAUGAAUGACGGUGAUUUGAUCACGUGGUAUAAACUAAAGUACAUUGUGUCGACUGAAAGGAUCAUUCGUCCUUCAAAAGCAUCAUUCUCAGGUAAUGAGAUAAAGUAUUAUAUAAGUGUGCCAUCUACAUUGGUUAGCUAUCCUGGACCACCACAGCCCAUAAAUUAUAUAUCUGCCUGUGUUUGGUAUUACGGAAGUGGGAGCGAGAACCACGAAAUCUUUUCAUACAACUCAUCAAAGGAAUUUAGGUUUCAGUUAAAGUCAGGAACACAACUGUUCACGAAAAUCAAUGGUGUUUCGAGUCAGAAGCAGGUUCCAAGUUCCUUCAGAUAUUGGCAUUUUCUCUGCUUAAAAUGGAAUGGCAAAAAAGCUUGGGUAAAGUAUUUCUUUGAUGGCUUUCAAGUCGAUACAUCUGUCAAUGAUUCCGCAUUGCAAAUAACCUUACCGGAAAAGAAAAAUUUCCUUGUUCCUCUUUCAAGUAACGGUAAAAGGUUUUCACAACUGAAUAUCUGGGAUCACGAGAUUUCGAGCAGCAACAUUCAAGUCAUGGUAUCAGGGGGGUUCAAUAUUCAUGGCAACGUGUUGGCUUGGAGCAAGCUUUUACCAUACGUCUCCCCUGGAGAUAUAAAAUUGCCUGUUACUAUUUAUCUACCAGGUUACACAGUUUUAAUGAAGCGGACAAAUUGGUGCAGAGAUAAUCUCUCUGGGACAUCCUGUCCUGGUGAAGAGGUUGCUAGAGUGGGUGGCAGGAUCUCAAGGGAAUCGAUAUUUUGGCGAUGUUAUUGCCCAAAAUGUUUGACCGCUUCAAAAAACACGUUCGAUUUUGACACAACUCACACAAGCAAAACUUGUUAUGUUUCUAACGUACAUAAUCAGCUCAUCCACAUCGACUGA